GUCAGAGGCAGCUCUAAAUAAAUCGAAGUGUAGUUGUAUGUUCCGGUUAGGUCGGUGGGUUUUCCAACUUCUUCCAAGAUGUGGCGUCCACGUGAAGCGAACUAUUAAUCCAUUCCCUUACCUCUACUAGCAAAAAUAAAAUCGUUAUUUACAUUUAUGAGCCAAUUACUCGAAAGUUGAUUGUGAGCUUGCUGAGUGAUUAUGCGGGUUGUUGAAUAGAACAAACGAUAUUAAUAAGAGUAUUCAAGAGUAGAAAAUGUAUUUUGACGUGACUUUCAGAAAAUGUAAAGUCAAAUUUUAUAUAUUCACUUAAAAGGAUGGAAACUUUGACUACGAAUAGUGAAAAUGCAGGAUCACUGUCGGGUGCUAUUUUAUGUGAUAUGUGGUUGGUAGUGUUGCAAUUAGUAAUGUAAAAAUAACAAACGUUAAAGAAUAAUAUCAAGAUAGUUUAAUUUUCUUCGUUUUUUAUUUUAUUUUUUUAAUAUGGCUGUGCCAAUUCGGUGGCUCAUUAUUAACAUAAAACGCAGAGGUUUUGUUUCUCUGACUUUAAUUUUUGUGUUUAUAUCGGUUGUUAGUAUUAUGUUUUACAAAUGGACAAUGUUAGGUAGUGGGGUGAAUUGUCUGAAUGGUCAUGCAAAUUCACCUCUGACAACUGUGAGUCAGACAACCUUUGUGAAGAUGGUUGCAAGUUAUGCACCAGAUCGAGUUUCAGAUGAACUUAUUGUGCAGCAUAUUGGAAACAGGACAGAACAAAGAUUGGAGAGAUUGAAACAGAAAGUGGAGAGGAUUUCUCGCAAAGUGAAAGCUCAAACCGUAACACUUUUGCAGAAAAAUGUAAAUUCUAAGAAUAAUCCUAAUUACAAUGUCCAUGUAUUUUAUUACCCUUGGUAUGGCAGUAUUGCAGUAGAGGGCCGAUGGAGACAUUGGAAUCAUGAGUAUCUUCCAAACUGGAAAAAAGAUGACAAGAAGAUAUAUCCUACUGGGACACAUAUGCCUCCAACUGACAUUAGUUCAAACUUUUAUCCUGCUCUAGGGUGCUACAGCUCUAGGGAUCCUGCCAUUAUUAAUAUGCACAUGAAAGAAAUUCGUGAUGCUAAAAUAGGUGUGGUGGUUGUGUCGUGGUAUCCCCCUGGAAUGUCCGAUGCUCAUGGUGAUUCUCCUGAUCCCAUUAUACCUCUCUUGUUGGAUGUUGCACAGAGGCAUGGCCUGAAAAUGGCUCUUCAUAUUGAGCCAUAUCGUAACCGAAAUCCCAUAAAUUUCUCUGAACAUUUGCAGUAUAUAAUAUCUAACUAUGGAAAUCAUCCAGCUCUAUAUCGCAUGUUGCGAAGAGGUAGAGAACUUCCAGUGUUCUACAUGUAUGAUUCAUAUUUAACUCCAGCUGGUGCAUGGAGAGAACUCUUUAGUAGUAAGGGAAAUCUUAGUAUCAGAGGAACUCAUUUGGAUGGAAUAUUCUUGGGCCUUCUAGUUGAAAUGCAACACAGAUAUGAUAUCAAAAAAGCCCAUUUUGAUGGAUUUUAUACUUAUUUUGCUACGAAUGGUUUUACUUAUGGCUCUUCAUGGAAAAAUUGGCGCAGCUUAAGUAAAUUUGCUCAUCAGAACGGUUUAAUAUUCAUUCCUUCCGUUGGACCUGGUUAUAUUGAUACACAAGUGCGACCUUGGAAUACUGCUAACACUCGACAUCGUCGACAUGGCAAGUAUUAUGAAGUUGCUUGGAGAAGUGCUUUAGCAGCUCAGGCAAAAUUCGUUUCGAUUACAUCAUUUAAUGAGUGGCAUGAAGGAACACAAAUAGAACCAUCAAUUCCACGAACUACAUCCACUUUCACUUAUCUUGAUUAUGAACCUGAGGGACCUAACUUCUAUCUUAACCUCACAAAAUGGUGGGUUGAUGAAUUUAUAGAAUCACAAAAACCGUGAAAUUUUGAUGAAAGCUAAAAUUUGUCAAACAUUUAUAUUUUUAAGGAUUACAUUUAUAUUUAGAAAUUGAGUUUAUAAUAAAAUAAAAGUUAUUUAUUAAUAAUACAUUUGAGAAAUUUCUUUGGAGGUAAAUGCAGAAGUUCUGUUUAAAAUACAAUGUUGCUUUAAGAAAUAAUUUAACUUUCCAUAAAAUUUGCCCAUUGAAAAAUUUUGUUUAGGUGGGUUUCUUUUGAAGAAGAGUGCUUUCUAUUUGAAAAUUACAUGAUUGAAGUAAUUGUGACUUAAUCAUGUUAAAAAGGACGUUGUAAAUUUUUACCAAUUUUGCAUGUAAUUAAAAUCGUGUCUUUACUGUUCACAGAAAAAAAUUCAUAUUAUUCAAUUUUUAAUACUAUUUGUAGUUUGCAACUUCAGAAGAGUUUGCAGACAAUAAAUUGAUGUAAAUGUGAGAUGUAAAAGUUUUCCCUUAUCUGUAUUAAUGGCAAAAAUGUGUGAUUAUAUUGGUAAAAUAUUGUUAAAAUGAAGUUUGGAACUUGUCAUUUAGACAUAUUUCUAAAAACCAUGAGAAUAAGUUUUUAAUAACUAAUGAUACCUUAAUGAUGUAAUCACAGUAAUUCCACUGGAAAGAAACUAAAUAUCAUUUCCUUUGUUAAUACAAUGUUAUUUCUACAAGUUCUCUAUGUUCACUAUUGCAAUCAACCUUAUAAUUUAAAGUAAAUAUUAAUCAACCCUUUGUAUUAAUCUUUACAGUUUUCUGUUAUAUAUAUUUUUCUGUGAUUGUGGUAGAUUUUCUUUGAUAAUUGCAUUAUUAAGCCCUAGAAGAUUGCUUAUAAUUACCUCUAACUUUUUAAAAGACUAAGUACAUGAAUAGGACCAAAAGCUGGAAAGAGAAUAGAAUGUAUUCUAAGAUGGUAUUUACAUACCUUGUAUUGUGUGAUUGGUGUGUAAAAUUGAUAAAACUCAAAAGUGCAAGGGUUAUUCAAAAUUUAGGACUUUAAUUUUUUUAGACAGACUACAUAAAAUUGAGUUUUACUAGAGGUAAACAAUCAAAAAUUCAGGAUGAAAUCAAACUCCCUUAUAAAUUCAUUAGAAUGAAUUUAUAACACAAUUUCAUUUCUUUA